AUGAGGAAGCUAGAUGACGAUGAUGACGACUUUGAAGCUGAAUUCCAAGCAUUCUCGAAGGCGUUUGAUGAGAAGGAUGAGCGCCACUAUGAGUUUAUGGCGCUGUGCCGCUUCAAGGAUGGUCUCAUGGAUGUCUCGCGGCCGUCCAAAGAGAACACUGGAGUCGUUUUUCCAAAUGAAGAUGCCAUAAUCAACGAAAAACCAACCCACACCGAUGAAGCUACCAUUGUUAGACCAAAACGGGAGCGCAAGAGCACGUACAGAACACCGGAAGAUGCAGCUAGGGCGUACGAUGCCGAAGACCAAAAGCCAGCAGAGCUUGUUCCUGCUACGAAGUUGAGCGCCAAUCCAGUCGCAGGCUUUACAAACAAUUCAAAUGAUGAUUUGUUCUCGGUGGUGAACUUCAGUAGCAGCAGUGCUACCUUCAUUCCUGCUGAGGCCUUGGGCUUACUCCCUAUGACAAAGGCUCAUGUGCCUUGUGAGACCUCAGGGAAGAUUGGUGUGUUUCCUAUUCAAAACAGGCUUCCAUUUGGUUCAGUGGUUAAUGGAUUAGGUAAUGAGGCUAGCAGGGCCCUGAAUACAUGCUCCAUCUUACGGCAUGCUAGCAUGCCAGUGUUCAAUGAUCCUGCUUUUGAUGGUCCAUCAACGAUGAUAGGAAGCAAUGGUGGUGCAGUUGUUCCUACUUGGAGCAGUGUUGUCAUGCCCAAUCUUCCCUUGGAUAUGUCUGUUGCUGAUGCUGGCAUAAAAAUAGACCAGCAUAUCAUCAAGGAGAUGGAAAAUAAGCAUAUUCCUGCCUUUUUACAAGGUGAUGUUAGCGAGGAUGUGGCAGCUGAGAUCAAUAUGUGGGACUUCUAUGACCACCUGUUGUUGGCUUGA